CUAGUCGCCGACUAGUCGUCCAGUCGGAAAUUGGGUAUCGACAAGGGCAACGACUAGCGACUAAAGGGUUAGGAUGCAAGGAAUCACGGAUCUGGUGUCGUUUGGCAUCCCAGAACCCUUGCAGAGGGAGGGGGACAACACCAAUAGACUACCUGGUGUCAUGUGGGUCUUGCCGGAUUUAUAUCUUGAUGUUCGUAAGAAGGAUUAUGGAGGAGAUCUGUUUGUUGAUGGAAAAGUCAUUCCACGGCCACAAUACAAAUUCAACUGGAGGCAAAAUGAUAGAAACCGGCCCCGACCACGAUACGAUAGACGUCGAGAAACAGUGCAGAUCAGUAGGAGGCAGGAAGUAAGCCAGCAUGCUGCUCCUCUACAGCAUUUGGAGCCCUGUGGUGAUGUGUGAAUUGAGUGAUAGAGGCACUACUCAAUCU